GUUCCUCUGAUUCCUCCAUGGAAGCACCGGUCAGGAUCUUCAACUCCUCCAAUCUGAAUCAGUUCUUUUACAAAGUAGCAAUCAUGACCGGCACUGGUUCCUUCAUUUGCCCUAGUAAUCUUCACCGAUCAGUAAUAAACCCACAAAUUCUUCGCAACGACGUUGCUUGCAAACACUCUCUCUCACUCACUCGCGUCCGCUCUUCACUCUCUCCCAACACAAACCCAUUUGCCUCCUUCAUUUCUCUUACCUCCUCGCAUUUGUUCAAUUCGCCAAUAACACCUAACAAUUUUAUCUCCAACCCACUGAAAUCUGACCCCGGCAACGCCGUUUUCUCGUGGAAUCGAGCUCCACAGUCUGUCGACGGCGCGAAUGUCGGGGUUUUGGGAAAUGACGGUCCAGUCGUUACUGUGGUGUUACUGGGUUGGCUUGGCGCACAGAAGAAGCACCUGAGACGGUACGCAGAGUGGUAUAAUGCGAGGGGUAUGCACGCGGUUACCUUCGUUGUCGACGCGAAGGAAUUAUUAGGGUUCGACUUCGGGAAGAAAGUGGAGAGGCGGAUCACUGAGUUGGCGAACGAGCUUACUUCGUGGGUGUCGGAGAGGGAGGACGAUGGGAGAGAGCGGUGCUUGGUUUUCCACAGUUUCAGCAACAUGGGUUGGCUUUCGUAUGGUUAUAUUCUUGAUAUUCUACACAGAGAGGGAUUGGCGGAGAAGAUUAAAGGAUUCUUUUGUGAUUCAGGAGGAGGGGAUCCCUUGAAUCCUAAGGUUUGGGCUGGGGGCUUCUCUGCUGCUAUGCUCAAGAAACGCAGCUCUUUAGGAAAACCCAUGGUUCAAACCUCUGAAAUUAAAGGAUCAGAUAGUCAAGUUAGUGAAUUGAAAGUGCAAGAGGAACCUAUAGGAAUAGAAACUGUGUUGCUGCCAAUGUUUGAGAAGCUAUUCUCUGUAGUUCUAAAGUUGCCUGAGGUGAAUCAGAAGCUAACAAAGAUUGUUUCCACCCUUUCGAAGAACCAGCCUUCUUGUCCACAACUCUACUUGUAUAGCUCCGGUGACAGGGUUGUUCCAUCUUGGUCAAUUGAGUCACUUGUUGAGGAGCAAAGAAGGAUGGGGAAGAAAGUAUUUUCCUUCAACUUCAAGUCAUCCCCCCAUGUGGAUCACUAUCGAACUUUUCCUGACGCUUAUUCAUCACAGCUUCAUAACUGCUUGAGAGAGUGUUUUGCGACUGUUAAGCAAACCUGAAGCCGACUAACCAAGAAUCGUCAGGUUCUGUUCAACUGUCAUUUGAUUUGAAAUUUGAAUAUCCAACACCUAUCAUUCUAUCAGAGAUAUAUGAGUAGGAAUAAAUUAUGGAGUACCCUUUUAUCACACAAUGACACAAGAGACUACCUCUGUGUUUUCUGCGCAGUUUGCAUCGUUGAAUGGCCUCACGCUUGGCUAAGUUAGCAUAAAGCUUAUCUGUAAGUUUAUCACAAGGUACUGGCAAUGUAUCAAAUUUAUUUUGUAGCUUAUUGUUGUUCUCUGAAUCAUUGUAGGAACUAGUGAAGUGUGCUUCUGUUCUCUGAAUCAUUGUCACCGAUAUCCCGCCGUGAAUUAAUACCGUUCUCCA